AUGGCUGGUUUAUUUUAUGAUAAAAAACUGCAUGGGUUUUGCUUCUCUCAUAAUUUCACAGAAGAAAGAAAAUGGACAGACGGACAGACAGACAUUUUCAAAGAGGAAAAUUUUAAAUGCAUACAUGCAAAUAUUAGAAUAAAGUUGACUUUUUUAUUGCGCGACGCAGAUUUGUGCAAUACAAAACCUAUUUGUAAAAGUUAUUUUACGCGUCGUAAUUCUAUUGGAACACUAAUCAUGCAGCGGGAAAAAAGAGUAACAUGCCACGUUAAUAAACUGCGCCAAAUUUUUAACUGCUUUUUUAAGUAUUUCCCCCAUAUCUUUUAUAUGGGGAAGUACAGUAAGAUACAAUUAAAAAAAAGUUCCGGUAAUGAUUCAGCAAACAAUAGCCAAUUAAAUACAGAAAGACGAUUUCCUCCAUUAUUUACGCGUGAUAUAAUUUUCAACACAGAAAGCAAGAGGGCGUCAUGUUUACAUCAACAGCGUAACUGGAAAGACCAAGAAGUAAGUAAAUCUUCACAAGUCCUGUUGAGCUAUGUAUGCUGUGUGACGUCAAAAAUAAACAAAACUUGUGCGAACCAAGUUGGAUUUUGUUCGAUAAUGGUGGUGACCGUUAAUGUAAUUAUCGAUUUUGGUGGACAAAAUUUUGACAUUAAAAAAAAAAAUUAUGCCAUGCUAUUUUUUCUGGCUACCACAAAAUACAUUUUGUUCGCCACUCUUUUAAAAGAGUUUGACAAGACAACUCCAAGGUACAAGGGAAAAUGCUUCUACUUAGUUAAGGUUCCACUUAUCCGGGAUUCCACAACUGGAUAUUGCUUCAAUUUCACUGCCAAUAAACAAGUGUUUCAAGAAACUUGUGGUAUACCUUUCAGGAGAAAAGUUACAAUGGUAAUAAAAUGCGCUGAGGAGAUACUAAUGCAUGCAAAUGACACAUUCUAUUUGGCGAGUUUAAGCAAGAGAGAAAUUUUUCCAAAGACAGUUUAUUUUAUUUUAUGCGUUCUAACUGUAAUCAUAUACGCCAUUAACUUAACAGGAAAUGCAGCAGUAAUAUUUUCUAUUUUACUACAAAAAACCUUGAGAACACCUAUGAAUUAUCUUAUUUUAAAUCUGUCGAUUAUACACAUUUCUUCUGGUACGAACAUCCUGUUUUUCACGUUUGUUACGGAUACUGGAUCAGUUGUGGACACACAGAAGAAUCAAGAUCUUUUAUGUGGGUAUAGUGAAGGAGUGGGAUUUUAUUCAAUUUGCGCGACAGUAUAUUUGUUUACAUUGUGUGCCAUUAGCAUAAACAGGUUCCUUGCCGUCCAAUUUCCAACGAAAAAGGAAUACCGAAUGAACAAGAAAACAGUGAUUAUAUACAAUGUACUCGCAUGGUUUGUUUGUGCUGGUUUGGCUUCUCCAUCAUUCCUUUCUUUUCGUUACAACAGGCAUGUCCGACUAUGUUUGCGACAAUGGAACAAUAUCAAACAUUCAUUUGUAUAUCGAAUAAUUCUUAUUUUCUUUGCUGUUACAGUUCCAUUAGUGUGUUUUCUCCUAGCUUUAUCCGCUGUUAUAUGGAAACGAACGAGAAGCAGAUUUAAUCGCCAAAAUAGCGCAUCAGCAAGAACUACACCGCUCAAAAAAGCAGAGAAAUUGAUUGCGUUGUCGAUGGUAAUUUUAUUCAUCUGUUGGAUUCCUUUCGUGAUAUACUGGUGCUUGUGGACUGUAGGCUACUUUCCUGGUUGCAGUGGUAGCAUUAAUGCUAUGAAGUGGAUUCGAGUGACGAUAUUAUGCUCAACAAUCAAUGGAGCAAUUGAUCCAUUCCUUUAUACGUGUGGCAACACGAAACUAAGAAGAGCAGUGACAUCAUGCCGUACCUGGUUGCUAUCACGGAAAAAAGUUUCUGCCGUAAAUAACGUAAUAUGAGAUGUGAUAUAAUAGUAGAGAGAAACGCCCUAUUUGUACUGGGGUCAGACCCGCUAGUUUCUUUAUUAAUUUUUUUGAAUUAGCUGCAAAGGAAGAAAGUGAUGCACGAGCAAAAAGCUAAUUUUUUGUCAUAGCAACGAAAUAUUUUAACGCUUUAUUAGACCAAAAAUCAAAAGCUUUAUUUGUUUCUGCAAGGUAAAUUUAAAGAUAUGAAGACAUUAUCACAAAAUCAAAAAUGCCACCAAAAUUAUUUUUUCAAGGAACAUAGCUCUUUCUAUUUAGGAAAUAGGUUAGGGGGAGCCUCUCCUUGGACUUAAAGACUCUGGAAAAGGCCCUUAAAAAUCUGUCUCCCCCUUCUAUUACAUACAUCCCCCCCCCAAUUAUGCAGCACGUUUAGACUUUUCAGCAGUAUUAGGAAGUGAAAAAAAUGUCGUGUUUUGCGAAAGAUAAUCUAACUUCCUGACAACAAAAUGAGAAUUAGUUAAGGCUAUUGCGUUAGUAGGAGGUCCGGAAACACAGUUUCAAAUAACAAUAAAAAUAAAUAAAUUAAAAAGCACUUAACUAUGCAUUACCUUCCCCCUAUUUCAGAUAUUGAAAUACAGCUCUAUCAAUAUCUACACUAACACCCACCCGACCUAAAAACUCACAACAUUGGAUCCGUAAUAACCUGCAUGUAAAUAGGUUACUAAAAGUUUUCGUGUGUACUGAUUUCUUGACGCAUAUCUAUGCAAAAAUUUCUUAAAUAUGUGCAAACUAGUACACUUUUAUACUGAGUCGCCCAGAAAAUGUGUUUGAGAUCAAAUUUUGCA